UGGGCUGGAGGAAACAUCGGCGGCAAAGGUCAUGCUCGUCUUGGACAAGAAACACCGUUGUUUUGCUGAUUACUGACGGGCUCCAUCGACCUAUAUCUACGUCAGCAAGAUCGAGGGCCUCCGCGACGACUGCGUGGCCUGAUGCCGCGUUUCCUGCGGGUGGAGUUGAGCUCGGUUGCCGGAUGCCUUGGGCCCUGUCUUCUCUUCACCUUCCGAAUUUAUGUCCGUCAAGGUCUAGACUCUGUCCAGGAGGUGCUACCCGACACGAGCACUUCAGCACCUAGUCUGUAUGGCCUUAUGCCAAAGGACCAGCUCGUCAGGCUGUGCAGGCACUAUGGUCUCAAACUCUCUGGGAACAAGGCAAGCUUGAUUGAGCGGCUCGGGAGGUACAAGACGGCCCCCGGUUGGCACUAGGCCUAAUCGGCUUAGCUUUUUCCGAACUUCACGAGAUUGUACCGUAGUUAGCACCUCCAAGGUACAACGCAAAGGAGGUGAGCCAGGUCCAAU